GGUUCUACGACGCCGAAAUCCUCCAACUAACCACAUACCCUCCGACCAUCCACAGGCAGGACAAGAUGAAGUUCCUCAAGGUCGGCCGAGUCGCCAUCAUCACCCGCGGCCGAUAUGCCGGCAAGAAGGUCGUCAUCAUCCAGCCCGUCGACAACGGCAACAAGCCUCACCCCUUCGGCCACGCCGUCGUCGCCGGCAUUGAGCGCUACCCCUCCAAGAUCACCCGCCGCAUGUCCAAGACGCGCCAGGAGAAGCGGUCCAAGAUCAAGCCCUUCAUCAAGGUCAUCAACUACAACCACCUGAUGCCCACCCGGUACACGCUCGAGCUCGAGGGCCUCAAGGGCACCAUCUCCGGCGACACCUUCAAGGAGGUCAGCCAGCGGGAGGACGCGAAGAAGACGGUCAAGAAGGUGCUGGAGGAGCGCUACACGAGCGGCAAGAACCGUUGGUUCUUCACCCCCCUGAAAUUUUAAAAGGAUCGUUUUCUCCAUCACGGUUAGGGAGUUGGCGGGAUGUAAAGAGCAUCGAAUGGCACUUGAGGAACCCCGGUUUAUGGGCUCAAUAUGAAGUCAUCAAAAGAACCCUUCACAUAUACUACUACACCUUGACGCUCUCCAUGUGAUGACGAAGCCAAGCAGAAAAAGGGAUAGAAAAGACUUGGCUCAUGUGAUUUGUGACAACAUGACCAUGGACCUUGCCGGUCAGCAUUUUGGCUGGGCUCGAUCAUGCAACCUGAGCCACUUUGAUACAAGUCAUAUCAGAAUAUAGGCCGGUAGGCUGUACGUCGACAGUAAUGGCAAAUAGACCUUGUUGUUGCAUGAUUUGAGCAUGAACAAAGAAAGAUCAAGGCAAGGGCAGCAGCAGCGCUGUUAAAGUUGAC